AAAAUUCCAAACCCCUCAAUGAAUUCUCCCUAGAGGAUAUUAAAAAAAAAACCCAUCUACCCACGUCUCCUACCUCAAUCACACCCAUGGCGAACGCCAAAACCUCUCAAACUCGACCACUUGCUCUUCUCCUAAUAAUCUUAAUACUCCCUUUAACACUAUCCGUACUUCUCUAUAAAGUUCCCAAAGAUUUUGAUCCCAUACAAAUCCCUGCCUACUCUUUCGACAAAUCCAUCGAAGUGCCACGUACAAAUAACCACAUAGCCGCGGUGACACAGAGGAUUGGAGAUGGGCUUUUGCCCGGCCCGGAGGAUCUGGCCCAUGAUGCUGGGAACGGGCUUCUUUAUACUGGCGAGGGAGGAUGUGAUGUGCCGAAGGCCGAAGUUGAGGAUUGGGCUUGGGUGGGCGGCCGCCCGCUUGGGCUUGCUUUGGGCCCAGAUAGGAGGAGUUUGGUUGUGGCUGAGGCUGAUAAGGGUCUACUACUGGUCAAGCCAAACAGGGAAGUGCAACUAUUAACAGAUGAAGCUGAAGGAUUGAAAUUUAAACUCACUGAUGGUGUUGAUGUUGCAUCAGAUGGCAUGAUAUAUUUCACUGAUGCGUCGUACAAAUAUAAACUACAUGGUGAUCAUAUGUUGGAUAUUUUAGAGGGCAGGCCUCAUGGUAGAUUAUUGAGCUUUGAUCCUUCAACUAAUCACACUGUUGUUCUACUGCGUGAUCUCUACUUCGCUAACGGCGUCACUCUUUCGCCUGAUCAACGGUCAGUGAUCUUCUGCGAAACACCGGUAAGGAGAUGCCAAAGGUAUCACAUUCACGGGGAGAAAAAAGGGGAGGUUGAAGCAUUUGUCGAAAAUUUGCCUGGAUUUCCUGACAAUAUUCGAUAUGAUGGAGAGGGUCACUAUUGGAUUGCGUUUGCUGCGGGAAGGACUCGAUCUUGGGAUAUACUGAUGAGGUAUCCGUUCUUGAGGAAAAUUUCGCCGGUUUUAGGGAAGCUUGCAUCGUUGCCUGAGCUCGAGAGGGACUCAGGCGUAUUGAGCGUGACUUUGGAUGGCAAGCCAGUUGCUCUUCACUCAGAUCAAAGUUUGUACGCAGUAACGGUUGGGCUCAAGAUAGGAAAGCAUCUCUACUAUGGUUCACUCACUAAGCCGUACAUUAGCAGGAUAGAAUUGAGCCAGGCAUAAUUGUAUUAAUAUUAGCUAUUUAUUUCUUUUGAGACAAAUGUUAUUGUGUAUUGUUAUAUGUGUUGUUUAUGGUUGAGCUCCAUAAACUACUGGUUUACUUGCUAUAUAUAUACUUUCAUAGUUUUAAA